AUGGGCCGCGCCGCGCCGCCGCCGGGCGCCGCGGGGGGACAGGGCGGUGCGGGGGCACAGGGCGGUGCGGGGGCUCAGGGCGCCGCGGAUGGUGAGGCCGCCGCUCGCCGCCGGGCGCCGGCAGGAAGCGGAAGCGCCUCUAGGCCCCGCCGCCGUCCGGGUCCCGCAGGCCGAGGGUGCACAGUGCUUCCGGUUCCGGUCCGCGCGCAUCAGGUGUCUGCGGGUCCUCCCGUGCGCUGCCCGGUGGUGCUUCUCCUCGGCCAUCCCCGGGGCCGGGUCGCCCGGGUCCUGCGGGAGCACCGAGGGCCUGUGAGACGGGAGCCGGCGCCAUGGCCUGUCGUGGAGCCGCCCACCUUCUCAGGGCCCCGGGCAGCGCGCAGUAGGGCGGCUGCAGCCGUCAGUCCGGCUAAAGCCGCUCGGCAGCGGCGGCUCUGCCUGCUCGCCGGCAGCUGCAGGGUGGCGAAUGCUGGGUGGGGAGAGAGCUGUUGCGAGCGCCGGCUACCGGAGAGACCGGUCACGGCGAUGUUCCAACCCCCGGGAGCCCUACGGCCACAGCAGCGGGAGAAGCUGCGUGGCUGCCGGUGCCUCAGCUCUGAGCAUCACAGAAGCAGCAGGGAGUGAUCUUUCCUGGUGAGCAGUUUACUGGAAGAUGGGCAACUGUAUUACCUGU